AAAACUUGUCGCGUCGUUGUCAUUUUUACCGUUUUACUUCCGGUGUUAAAGGUCAUUUCAAGAUGGCGCCGUCCGGGAAGAAACAUGCCAGGGGCCAGCCGUGUGUCAUUCCCGGAGGAUUUACAGUCUUAUCGUUCCAGUUUGAUUCAGACAGCCUCUCACGUCACAGUGUUUAUGUGAAGGAGCACAAAGUCCGAGCAGAGAGGGGGUCUCACAGACCUCUGGACCGGACUCUGUUUGUGCUCAACAUCCCCCCCUACUGCACACAGGGCGUUAUCAGGGAGUUGUUCUCGCAGUUUGGCGAUGUUCAGUCGGUGGAGCUGAGAGAUCACCCGGGCUCCUCUAAGGAGUCUGGACCCAAACUGUCCAAGAUCUUCAAACCGGUUUGCAAACAGGGCUUCAAGGUGGGCUACAUCGUGUUUCAGAACUCCUCCAGUAUUUCAGCGGCUAAAUCUCACUCACAUGAGAAAGCGCUGCAGGUUUCCACAGAGCAGCGACCAAUCAGGACAGGAGUACAGAAAUGGAUUCACCAGUACACCGAGUCUUUCAUCCAGCCGGAGAAACUACAACAGAUUGUGGACUCGUUCAUGAAGGACUACGACAAACGUAAAGAUGAGGAGGAGGAGAGAGAGAGGGAGGAGGCCGAGCAGCAGCAGGAGGACGAAGAGGGCUGGGUUAAAGUCACAAGGGGACAAAAGGGCACUAAGGCCCGCCCCCACAGCGAGGCGGCCAAUCAGAGGGCUCUGCAGAAAGAGAUAAGGAAGAAGAAGAGGAAGGAGCUCAUGAACUUUUACACCUGGCAGCACAGGAACACCCAAAAAGAACAUAUCGCUGAACUGAGGAAAAAGUUUGAGGAGGAUAAACAGAGAAUCGCUCUGCUGAGGGCGCAGAGGAAGUUCCGGCCGUACUGAGUCGCCUCGUACGUCUGCUUUGUGUGGUUUUUUUUGUAAGUGAACGUGUUUCUGUCAAUAAAACGAUGAGUCUGCUGAAA